UUGAAUGGAGUGCCCGGGAGUGUGUUAGCACUUCAGAGGCGAAGGACCCAGGGCGGGGAGCCUGCCAGAUGAGGGUGCCUGGUGCUGAUGCGGCAGGGCGGAGGGGAGCCCCGGAGGACGCCACGGGAAGAAGAAAUGGACAGAGCGUGUGGGCUGCACAAACGCUUUGGGUGCUCUGGGCAGAGGCUGCGGUGAAUUAGCGCUGAGUCCGUAGAUCGCUAAGCAGUAAAUCGAGAUGGCGGUGCUCAUGGACCCCGACGAGGACCCCGAGGACACACUGCGGGCACACCGGUCACGGGAGAAGACUUUCAUUUUCGACACCAUUUUCGACCAGCAUGCCUCACAGGAAGAUGUGUACCGCGCCACCACCCAGCACCUAGUGGAAGGCGUCGUUUCUGGAUACAAUGCAACGGUGUUUGCCUAUGGCCCCUCAGGCGCAGGGAAGACGUACACCAUGCUGGGCAUGGACGCGGAGCCCGGCGUCUACCUGCGGACCCUCAGUGACCUGUUCCGGGCCAUCGAGAUGCGCGGCAGCACGGACUGGGGUGUGUCGAUGUCUUACCUGGAGAUUUACAACGAAGUGAUUCGGGACCUCCUGAACCCGUCCUCGGGGUUUCUGGACCUGAGGGAAGAUUCUCGGGGCAGCAUCCAGAUCGCAGGCCUCACGGAAGUCUCUACCUCUAACGCGCAGGAGAUCAUGCACCUUCUCACCAAAGGCAACCGGCAGCGCACGCAGGAGCCCACGGCCGCCAACAAGACGUCGUCUCGCUCCCACGCGGUGCUCCAGGUCACCGUGCGCCAGCGGAGCCGCGGCUCGGACUUGGCGGAGGGAGUGCGCAUCGGGAAGCUCUUCAUGGUGGACCUGGCAGGCUCCGAGCGGGCGUCGCAGACCCAAAACCGCGGCAAGAGGAGGAAGGAAGGCGCCCACAUCAACCGCUCCCUGCUGGCGCUGGGCAACUGCAUCAACGCGCUCAGCGAGAAAGGCGGCAGCCGGGCGCAGUACGUGAACUUCCGGGACAGCAAGCUCACGCGCCUGCUGAAGGAUGCCCUGGGAGGGAACAGCCGGACCGUGAUGAUCGCGCACAUCAGCCCGGCCAGCACGCACUUCGAAGAGUCUCGGACCACCCUGCUGUAUGCCUACAGGGCAAAGAACAUCAAAACGAGGGUGAAGCGCAACCUACUGAACGUGUCCUACCACAUCGCACAGUACACCGACGUCAUCUCCAACCUGCGCAGGGAGAUCGAGCACCUCAAGUCCAAAAUUGAGAAGCAGGAGGAGGAGAAGAGAGGAGAACCCGGGGUCCAGGACACACAAGUCAGGAUCCCCUCACACGAUGGAGAGGAGGAUAGCUGCCGGCAGAUGAACAAGAUCCGGGCGCAGCUCGUUGGGGCCUUCAAGGAGCAGUUGGAGAUGCGGCGCAGUCUGGUGGAACUGGAGAACACCAACAUAGAGCUGCACGUCGACAUGUCCCGCCACCUGCUGACCAUUGCAGACUGGGAGCGGGAGAAGGCCCAGCACCUCGUGCACAGGGACAGGACGCCGGAGGGGGACGAGGAGCCGGCAGAGGCGGACGAGGGCGAGUCCGUGGAGCCGCCUGAGGUGGCUGUGGCCAGAGAGGAAGUCAACAUGCUUCUGGCUGAGCAGAGGAAAGCUGCGGCCCUCAAGGCGGGGCUGGAGCAGCGUCUGGCCAGUGCCAAGGAGAAGGCCUCGCAGCUGGAGCAGCUGCUGCCCGCGCAGGCCAGCAGCGAGGACCAGCGGGAGGUGUUGCGGCUGCUGUGCUGGGCCCACGAGCUGGAGGCCGAGAACACGGAGCUGCGGGCCGACGGCCUGCGCAGGAGGAGUCUGCUGUGGCAGAAGGACUUCGUGAUCCAGCACUACCACCAGCACCGGCGGCUCUGUGAGCAGCUCCUCCGGGACCAGCGGCAGCUGAUCGAGGGUGGCGGCAUCGCGGUGCCCGAGUCCCUGGACGAGCGGUACGGUCUGAUCCUGCGGGAGCUGGGUGCGGGCUCGCUGAACCGGCUGCUGCUGCUGCACUCGGUCAUGUCGAGCUCCCUGCGGGACGGCUUGGUUCUGAAUAAGUCCCCCGCGCCGCAGGAGGAGGCUAGCUGGGACUGGCCAGACGACAGGAAGGACCUCCCGUGGGGUGCCCAGUUUGAACUGCCGCUGAUGCUGCUGGAGGAGGACAGCGGUGGCUACACGUCGUCGCAAGCCACGCCAUCGAAAACGCCGGGAAAGCAGGAUUGCCUUCUCCCUCUGCCAUCCCUCCGCAUCCUGCUAACGCCUCCGGCUCAUGAGGCAGGCCCCCUGAGCGUGAAGCAUUUGGUCUCCAAGCUGGGCGCCCCCGCUGGCCUGGACCUGGGUGCCUCGCGGAUGGCAGCGGAGGCCGGCGGCCCGGCCCUGAGCGCUCAGACCCUCAGGGAGAUGGCCAUGAGCACCAAGAGCAUCGCUCUCAUCGCGGCCACCCGGCGCUCCAAGGCGCAGGACCGCGAGGGUGGCAGCGGCCGCUCCUCCCUCCACCUUCCAGAGGACAUGGCCCUGGACUCCAGGGACCCGAGCCCAGCAGACAGGAGGUGGCCCCAUGCCAGCCUGGGCCGGGACCGUUCUGCGGAGAAGGCCAGGGGGAAGCUGUCACCCUCCCUCACCUGGAGCAUGCAGACGGUGAUGGAGAACCCUCAACCCCCCUCCGUGGAGCACGUGGCCAAGAGCCAGCCACCGCCUGCACCCCUGCCGCUAACGAAGUCGUCCGGAAAGAGCUUCCUCCCUGCCGUCUCCACGGCCUCCAAGAUAAAGCCCAGCCCCAGUCUCCAUGCAGAUGAGAAGGUGCUGCGGAUGCCUGAGGUCACCUUCACCCUCCCCAGCGCCACGUGGCAGGGCAGCCCGGGCCCCCGCAGGACCCCGCUCGCACCCCGGGACAUCCGAGGAUCUACAGAGAGUGGAAGCCGACGCCACAGCCCGGUGCCCCCCAGCACCCCUUGCAAGCACCGGGGCAGCACCAAGAGGCCAAGGAGGCCACAGUGAGGAGGUCAGCGGGCAGGCCCGGCACACGGGGGAAGGCCAGAGAGGCUGGCCCCAGACCCAGGGCUCUCUCUGCCUCAGAGGUGGAUUCGAGAGACGAGGCCCCAGCAGGGACCAGCCAGCCCCAGCGUCCCUCAGCCCUUUGCAAUCGGCGGGUGCCUCACCAGCCACCUUUGGAGGAAGGGCCACUGAUGGAACUUCAGAACCCUUCUCGAGGACACCGCGUGGGGAGCCUCAGGCAUCUUUUGGGUCAUUCCCAGUUGUGGGUGCUUUUCCCAGGAUCGCUCCACCCCACAGUUUCUGCCCUGGGAGAAUGCUUUCGCUCUUCACCUGAUUGGGUGAGGCCCACCCACGCUGUGGCGGGCCCUCUGCCGAACUCCUUACUGAUGUAAAUGCUAAUCUCACCUGAAAAACACCUUCACAGCACCGUGCGUGCUGGUGUUUGACCCAUCACCUAGGUACUGUGGCUUGGGCAGCUUGACGCACAGAAUUAACCCUCACACCUCACGAUUGGCCGGCAGGCAGGGUGACACUCUCCCAUCCCCACGUAUAUGUAGGCUCCGGAAUGAGCCAGCGUCGGGGAAGCACGAGAACAUCCCGCAUUCCCGUGACCCACCCGUCCCCUCACUGUGUUCUGAUGUCCCUGUCCACACCCCACUGUGUGGAGGACACUGUGGUGGACGGCUGGGAUGAGGCAGCUUUGCAGGGUACGUGGAAGGAGCCGCGUAAACCGGGGACGCAGAAACCAAGGUCCUAACCUUUCAUCAAGACAGGAAGACAAGGUCACAGGGAGACUGAGCGCCGUCCGUGAGCUGUGUCGCCACCUUCCCUGGCUGUGCUUUUGGCACCUGCUGUGGUUUCCGGGCCCGUGCCCGCAUCUCAGGCUCUCGGGGGCACCCCUGCAGGACGUGGGGACGAAAGCCCCCUCCCUCACGGCGGGAGCCACCCCCCGGGCGAAGCAGCAGGCGGAGCCCGUGGAGCCCGGGAGUCGGCCUGUCGCACAUCAGGGGCGGGAGGUGUGGGCGGUGUUGUGGCCUCGUGGCCCGGGUGAGCAGCCGGGUGCCUCGGACUCACGUGUGUCCGGCACGUGCCGAACACCCUGUCAAUGUGCCGGCUGCACGGCUGGACGCCACGGCCGGGCCCCCUCUUGGCGUAAGACCGCUGUCGGGGAGGACGUGCUAGGGGCUUUGUUGAAGCCGUGCUGUCCUUUCUGGGCCUUCUGGAGGACGGUGGGAGGUCGGUCCCGUCUGUCUUGGGGAGCCGUGCUGCCUGCUCCGUGCAGACCUGUCGCGGGCACUGUCUGAUGCCCGUGUCCCUCACCGGGGGAGAGGCUGAGCCUGGGGGGCAAGGAGACUUCUGUUCUCCUGCCUUGGUCCCAGAUCCUGGGUGGGGCAGGGAUUACUGGUCGUCCCCUGUAUCUGCUCGCUUUCCGCCAUGAUAAUAGAACCCCCAAUUUUUAGCUAGUCGCACGGCUCCCAAAAUAAAGGACCGUAUCUCCCA